AACAGCAAGACGAACGGAGCGACGCCGCCGACGCCACCCCCCGCCACCUCCGAGGCCCGAGCCACCGCCACAGCACCCUCACCGCGCCGCAGAUUUGGCCGGGGCCCGACGGCCACUUCUCCCUCCGGCCCUCCCUGUCCCAUCCCACCAAACGAAACCCUAGCCGCCGCCAGAGCCGCUGGGGAUGGGCGGCGGGUCAUGGAUGGCAUGACGGCGGCUCCUCCUGAUCCCAAUCCCCCGACUUUCUUCCGUUGGUGCCUUGGCGGCAUGGCCGCCGCCUUUGCCUCCGGCUCCGGCUCUGGCGCCGCCUCCGCUCGGGAUACGGAUGCGGCCGAGAGGGUAUCGCGACUGGUGAAGGAGGUGGAGGACGAUUGCGGCGACAUCUCCGCCUCGCAGGAGGUCCUCCUCGCCCGCGUCCCCUUCCUCGGCGGCGGCGAGGAGGAGGAGGCAGAGGUGUUCAGCACACCUCCUCUUACACAGGGCCAGCAGAGCCAACAGAGCCAGCAGGGCCAAGGGGGGGUAGAAGAGGAGGAAGAUGUCAUCACCAUGUGCUCCCUCCCGUUCCCCCAGCAUUCCCCUUCUUCCCAUUCCAUUCCCUCUUCGGAGUCGGAGGACAUGGAGGAUCAGGCGCUGUCCGUCUCCAAGCCGCGGAAGCCUAGGGUUUGCACGAGGAAGGUGAGGGGCGCCAGGAUCAGGACUCCAACACCUAGCCCAAGUCCCAGCCCUGACAAUCGCGGCACCAGCACCGGUAGCAUUGUUGACCCUCUCUACAGGGCCGUGCUCAUGAUCCCCACAACGCCUGCUCCACCCACCGCUGCCGAGGACCUCCUCGCGCUUGCUCGGAACCGCGGCAUCUUCUAAUCUGCCUGUUUCACGUAUGUAUCGGACCACAUCAGGAUGUACGGAUUGAUGAACUGAUCAGACAAACAAGGAGAAGGCUAUGCAUCGAUCUAUCAUUCAAACAAGACAGUGCAAGAUUCAAAGGAGGGCCACAGAGACCUGACAACAUCAACAAUGUGCUGAUCGAGAAGCUGAUUUGUGAAAUCUCGGAUCUUCAGUUCUACAGUUGAUCAGGCAUCCCCCAAGGAGUUUACCUAGCAGCUAAUCAUCAAAGAUCCUUACGACCAUUUGCCAGAGCAUGGCACACCAGCAGCUAAGCACUUGGGCUGAUGAUAGAGCCUAGCUAUCAUGAUUUGCUCCCUAUCGCUAUAACCAAAUAACCAAUCAUGCCUUGCCUAAAUAACAUGUGUCAAGGGUUAUGUUUCCCAUUGCCAUUGGGAUGUAUCUUUGUGAAGCUUGCUACGUUCUACACCAGGCUAGUUGGUAGAUACUCAGUGUACGGUGGUUGGAGUGGUUCUGUGUAGCACUGUAGCUGCUCAAAACAGUGUAUGGUGCUCACUAGCAUAUUUGUUCGCAGCAUUCCGAAUGCAAUUCUCUCAUAUUAAUUGUGUAUUAACAAUUGAAUUAUGUGGAAUCCUCGAUUGGUAGAAA